AUGCUGACGACGGCCACGGUCGUAGCACACAAUAUGAUCCUGGUGGAGCAGAUACAGGCCAUCAAAACCAAUGCGUCCGCCGAGAAGGCUCCCACAGCCGACGACGCCAUGCGGAUAGCUUCGACAGCGUGGAAUGACGCUUCAUUCAAACAUGAGCAAUCGGCCAAUCAGGUGCUGAAGUUGCGCGAGAACUUGAAGUGCGUGCAGGACACGGAGCAGGAAACAGCAAAUAUGCUCGUGAUGGAGCACCUGGCAGCUUCGAUGCCGGCGGGCGACGACGGUGCUCUUCUGGAGCAGGAGGGGAUCGACAAGGAGGCGCGCCGACUGUCGGAGGCCAAGUUCAGGGCAGCGGGGCUCAUCAAGAGCCCGGAG